CGGUGCUCCUGGCAGAGCACUGGCUGCCUGGUGCCCCCAUGUUGGGGUUGGGGUUAUGGAGGGAGGUACCAUGGCUUGGGAAGACUCCAGGGACUGUCGCUACCCAGCAGAAAGGGAGGCUGGUGGAGGACAGGGAUCUGAAGAAGGAGACAUCAAAGGAUGGGAAUCAUCCCCUCAGUGGCUGUGGGGCCAAUCUGGCUGUCCUGGCUGUGGCUUUUGCAGACACAGCACCACAUUUCCCAUCCCACCAUUCCCCUUCCAGCUGGUUGUGGAUCAUCCCCCUCCAUCCAGCUUCCAGCACCCAGCUGGGGCAGGAGCCACCUUGCCAGGAAGGGGAUGUUUCAUCCUGGAGGCUUGUAGUGAUGCCCAGCUUAGGAUGAGGAUGCUCCAGCACCUGCUGGGCUGGUUAGGGCCAACAACCCCUUGGCAGGAGUGUGGGGAGAAAGGGACAGCAAAAAGCACUGGGUUGGUCACGGGAAGGAACCACGGCGGAAGCGCCGCGGCUCUGGCGGCCGUUGCUGUGAGCUGGGACAGGAGGUCACUUGCCAGCCCACAGGAAGGCGUGAGGGGUUCCCAUAAGGGAAAUGAGGAACGGCUCUUGCCUCGGAAGCGCCCACAAACCCUGGGGGAACCUGGGGAGGAGCAGAGCUGCUGGGACAAGGGGAGCAGAGUGUGGUGGGAUGGCCAGGGGCAGCCAGGAGACCCCACAAAGUGGCAUGAACUUGUUCCUGGGCACUGUCCUGCUGCUCCUGCUGCUGCCUGAUGUUGCCGAAGGACAGGACAGCUGUUCUGGCCUGCACCGGGGUGAUCAGCCCCGUGGGUGCUGCAGCGUGGCAGUGGAGCAGCAAAACCCAGACAACAUCACCGGUGUGCUCCGCUUGUCCCAGCACUGCCCGGAGCUGUGGCGCCCCGGGAGCCGCGCUUGUUCCUGCCUGAGGGAGCGCUGGUUCAGGCUGCUGCAGUCGGGGCAGCACAGUUGGCCGGCUGGGCUCAAGGCUCUGCUCCUCAAUGUCAGCAGGGCUGUCACCCGUGACGUCCUCAUCACCUUCUCCCCCACAGCGGGCCCCAGCAGGCUGAACACUUCAGAGAAAGGGAAGGCAGGUAAAAUCCACCUCCCCAGGGAGAUAUUCCGGUCCCUGAGUAGCCAAACAGUGCGUGUGGUGGUGACAGUCCUCAAUAUCCAGCAGCUUGGCAUGUUCAAGGAAAUCAACCAGACAGCGCAGGUCUUGGACAGCACCGUGGUGGGCAUCACGGUGGGAGAGAGCAGCAUCUCGGGGCUGCAGGAGCCCGUGCAGCUCACGUUUGCCCACAGGGAGCUGCCCCGAGGUGUCACCCCCCGAUGCGUCUUCUGGGAUCCCAGCAAAGGGCAGGCAGGAGGCUGGCAGAGCAGUGGAUGUGUCACACAGCCCGGGGACAAGGGGACAGUCUGCUCCUGUGACCACCUCACCUUCUUCACCCUCCUCCUGAACCCAGCUCUGGAUGGCUCCACAGCAAAAGCUUUGAUGGCUGUUGCCACCGCUGGCUGUGGGGUAGCCAUGGCCUUCUGCAUCCUCACCAUGGCCUUCUGCAUCUUUGUAAGGUGCAGGUUCAGGUUUGAGGAGACCGUCCGCACCAACCUGGGGCUGCACGUGAACCUCGUGGGCAGCCUGUUCCUCCUCAACCUGGCCUUCCUGCUCAGCAGUGGGCUCUCUGGCAGGGCCCAGCCAAGGACCUGUGGGGUUCUGGGGGGGCUCACCCACUACUGCCUGCUCUGCUGCUUCACCUGGACGGCGCUGGAGGGCUGCCAGCUCUACCUCCUCUUCGUCAAGGUCCUCGGCAUCUACAUCCACCACUACCUGGCAAAGCUGUGCCUGGUUGGCUGGGGCUUCCCUGUUCUCGUGGUGGGAGUGGCAGGAGCUAUUGGCAGCUAUGGAGAAUACAGCAUCCAGACCACGGACCACCAGGUCAUAGCCCACCUAUGCUGGAUCACUUCCAAACAUCUUCUGGUUCACUACAUCACCAACUGUGGUUACUUUGGCCUCAUCUUCCUCUUCAACAUGGCUGUCUUUGGGGUGGUGACCCAGAAGAGCUGCAGCUUGCAGGGCACGGGGGCAGUGCAGGGAUACCAUAAGCCCUGGAGGGUGGCUCUGGUGGCAGCAGGGCUCUUCUGCCUGCUGGGAGCCACUUGGGCUCUGGUAUUCCUCACCUAUGGCAUCUCCUCCACAGCUGUGCUCUACCUCUUCACCAUCCUCAACUCUCUCCAAGGAAUCUUCAUAUUCAUCUGGUUGGUUGUUCUCUACUACCCAAAGACAAAGGAGACCACUGGUUCCCUCUCCAACAUCAUCAGAUAUGACAAAAACACCACAGCCUCCCAGGACUAGCUCCUGGCUGCACCUGCAUCCACCGAGAGCGAUCCUGGCAGAUGCAGCUUCCUAACACAGGGAGAGAUCAGCUAACAGUGCCUCAGUUUACCCUUCAGUGGGCAUGAUCCACCUCAGCAGGGCUCUUUGCUUUGUCCCUUUCAUUCCUGGUGGGCAGCCCUGGGAAGGAGCUCCAGAGAUGAUGCUUCUGCAAAGUCCCUCCAGCCUGCAGCUCCAUGGUCUUGAGAUGCCCCUGAUCUCAUUUCCCAGGGCACAAGGAGGAAUCUCACAAAGCACCUGCCUUCAGCCACGAUGGACCCAUCACCCUCUUUGCUAGAGGUGGCUUCUGGUGCUGAACCAGCCCAGCAGUGAGUUUCCUGCCACUGGAGGGAGAGGAUUGAUUUGCUGCAGCCCAGAUGUGGGAGGUUUGCCUCUGGGAAUCAGCAAAAAGAAGAGGAAACCCAUGAGCUUCUUUGCCAAACAUCUCGUUGCUCUCUGGCAGAGAUGUGCUGUGUGUCCUUCCUGCCAAACAGCCUCUGGAGCCAGCAGCAAUUCCCUUAUGGACAAUGUGCUCUGGCCAAAAUGCACAUACAGCCACCUUGCAGGGUAGCUGCUGUCUUCUCCUGAUCUGUUUUGGUAUUAAAUCCCUGCCAGAUGUCUGA